AUUGAAAUUGAUAUUACGUUCACAAUGCUUACAGUUAUUUUGUAAUCAGUCAAGAAAUUAUUGAAAUUCCUAUCACGUCCCCCAAUUCCUAAGUAAUAAAUGACUAACCCUCUGAUGCAGUAUUAUUACAGAGGAUGUACCUACCAUUACUUACACAUUAAAUAUUUUCUCCCUCUAUAUAUAAGUACUCCGGGUUCAUGUAUGUGAGGUUUGUGACCUUGUCGAUAAUAAUAAUAUUCAUGGAGGAGGAGUACAAGCCGGUGGUGGCCAUGGUGGGCUUGCAGCUCAUCUACGCAGGCACGGCGCUAGCCGCGAAGGCGGCGUUCCAGGAGGGGAUGAGCCCUAUGGUCUUUGUCAUCUACAGGCAAGGCAUUGCAGCUCUUGCCUUGGCGCCACCCACCAUUUUAUCUUCAAGGAGGAAAAGAGCAAGUCAGAGGACUCUCGGAUUGAAGGGAUUCAGCUUGCUGUUCCUUACUGCAUUGAUUGGUGUGACCAUUAGCCAAUUCCUUUAUUACCAAGGGUUGGAACUGUCAUCAGCAUCCAUGGCUACUGCAAUAACCAACAUAGUCCCCGCAUUUACAUUUUUGAUGGCAGCAUCUGUUGGGUUAGAGAAAGUGAAUAUAAGGAGCCCGAGAAGCAUGGCUAAAGUUUUGGGAACUGUCAUUUGCGUUGGAGGAGCAAUUUCGAUGGCGUUCUUCAAAGGUCCAAAACUCAUGAACGCAUACUCUCAAAGUACCCUAAUCUCUAUGUUGCAUCUUGCUGGCAAGAAUUGGAAGCUAGGGAGCUUGUGUCUCUUAACAUGUAGCUGUUGCUGGUCCCUUUGGUUAAUUUUGCAGGUACCAUUAUGUACGAACUACGUUGAUCCAUUGUCUCUGUCAAGUUGGAUGUGCCUGCUGUCAUUCUUGCAAUCAGCAAUCUUGACAUAUUUCUUGGAGCCAGACUUUAAAGCUUGGAAGCCAAAUUCUGGUCUUCAGCUUUUAUAUUGCAUAUAUUCAGGUGUUGCCGGAUCCGCGGUGAGUUUUUAUCUGCAAUCUUGGUGCAUAUCAAGAAAAGGGCCACUUUUCUCUGCUAUGUUCAGUCCCCUUUGUACUGUUAUUGUUACUGUCAUAGCCGUCAUAUUAUUUCAUGAACGCCUAUAUUUUGGGAGCUUGGUUGGUGCUAUUGCUGUGGCUGUGGGAUUGUACGUCGUUCUCUGGGGGAAAGCCAAGGAUUUUGAUGACAACUCGAGGAUUCCGCUUACAGUUGAUGAAUCAUCAAAGACCUCUGAAGCAAAUCUCAAGCAAUCCCUGUUGGAUACAAAACUACAGCAGGACGAGAGUUUUGCAGUUUAAUUAGCUGCAGAGAGCAUAUAUACCUGCGCUCCUCUUUACAAUUACUGCAAAUUUUUGUUUUAUCAGGAGUGCAUGUUGUAAGCAAGUUUGUAAUAAAUUUCAGCGUUGUCGUUGCUCAGGAAUCGAAAGGCAGCAGGUUUAUUCUGUUCGUUCGCACGUUCAUGAUGGCCCAUCAAACUUUGGUCCUUUUUGUUCUCUUUUUGAAGUUUUUCACUACCAUAUAUUUACAUUCAUGUUAAUUUCUUCUAUUUGAGUCUUGCUUU